AUGGCGGCAGAAAAGAGAGAAAUGAUGCUUCUUGGGUACCAUGCAAGCCCAUUUGUGAACCGAGUUCGGAUCGUUCUGAAGCUCAAGUCCAUUGAGUACGAGCUCGUUAAGGAAGAUCCGACUCGUAAAAGUGGGUUCCUGUUAACAUCAAACCCAAUUUAUAAGAAAGUCCCGGUUCUUAUUCAUGGAAACCAACCCCCAAUUUCAGAGUCACGAAUCAUAAUAAUGGAGUACAUUGAUGAAUUGUAUCCGGAUAUCCACCCCAUUUUCCCUUCCCUCACUUCCAAUCGGGCUUAUAUCCGGACGAUGAGGCGCUCAUGA